AUUUGACAGACAGUGACAUUUGUCAAUAGUUGACUAAAUAAUUGUUCAACAAACAUUAUAAUUAUUAUUAAAUUAAAAUAAUAACAUUGAAUUGAAAAUAGAUGACUUAUUAUUUACUCUGAAAGGAAAACUGAACUAGUUUGAACAUCUCGCUAUAGAAGUUUGUGCCGUUCACAAUGGCUGAUGAUGAACAAGAUUCUAAAGAAUACCGGUGGGAGACAGGUUAUGAGAAGACUUGGGAGGCCAUUAAAGAAGAUGAGGACGGUUUGGUGGAAGGUCUGGUGGCAGAGUUUGCACAGAAAGCGGCUCGCAAGGCUGUGGUGGCCCGCCGCGGACCCGUGAGACUGGGCAUGAUGAGGCAUGUGCUAGUCGCUGUAGAUUGUUCCGAGGCUAUGAACUCUCAAGACUUGAAGCCAUCUAGAUUUCUAUGCACACUUAAGCUGCUUGAAAAAUUCAUUGAAGAGUAUUUUGAUCAGAAUCCUCUGAGUCAACUUGGUUUGGUACUGAUGAAAAACAAAAGAGCUGAGAAACUAACAGAGUUAUCUGGGAAUGUCAGAAAGCAUAUCAAGUCUUUACAAGGGUUGACAGACAUGGCAUUAAGCGGGGAGCCCUCACUACAAAACACUCUGGAGUUUGCCGGGCGAGUCCUCAAACCUCUACCUGGUCAUGCCUCCAGGGAACUGUUGGUGCUAUUUGCUUCACUCACUACUUGUGACCCUGGAGAUAUUACUACUACCAUUCAGUCCCUCAAAAUGGAAGGGAUUCGUUGUUCAGUUAUUGGUCUGGCAGCUGAAGUGAGGAUCUGUAAAAAGUUAUGUCAAGAUACUGGUGGAGAAUAUGGUGUGGUGUUAGACGAUGUUCACUACCGCUCACUGCUGCUAGACUACACAAGCCCGCCGCCCCGCGCCCGCGCACUGGACGCCGGCCUCGUGAAGAUGGGCUUCCCUCACUCCGCGCCGCCGGUCAACCAGACAGACCCGGGGACUAAUGCCGACCCACCUAUCACUGUGUGCAUGUGUCACUUAGAGGACGGCGAGGGUGUCGGCGGGGAGGGACACCUGUGUCCGCAGUGUCGCAGCAAGUACUGUUCCUUGCCGGCGCAGUGUCGGACUUGCGGUCUCACACUGGCCUCCGCACCGCAUUUAGCCAGGUCGUAUCAUCAUUUAUUCCCUGUGGAACCGUACGAAGAAUUGGCAAAUGAGGGACAGGCGCAAUACUGUUUUGCGUGUCUAAGAAACUUCACAGAUCUAGACAAACAGAUAUACCGUUGCACAAGAUGUCACGAGUGCUAUUGUUGGGAAUGCGAGAGUGUGGUGUCCACGACUCUGCAUGUUUGUCCCGGCUGUUCGUCCCGACCACAUCUGUACCAGAGACUACCAGAUGCGUCGUGAUAGAACCAUAGAGCUUCCUACCUUAAAAUAAGAACUCAUUUUCAAUCACCUAUUGAAAUAUUUUAUACCAGGAUUAAUCUGUCAUUUAUAUGAGUUAUAUGAACUGUGAUCAAUUAAACUGAUGUUAAGAAAAAAA